AUGGCAUCUACCUACAAAAAAGAUGGUGGUCAUUCUGGACCUCCACCGCGAAAGAAAGUAAAGACUUCAGAGUUACCACUUGCAUCUGCGACUAGAGCGGCCAUUGAAGGAUUGGCCCAUACAUACAAGAAGAAGGGUACUUAUGACGAGUUGAGAACCAAAAUUUGGCAGGAAUUGGAGAAAGGCGAUUUUGAGGAUGAAUUUACGAGUUCAUUAUUGAGUGUUGCGGAAGAGCAAUUAGAGAAGGACCCCAGGCAGCUACUCCGGUUGGAUCGCAGUAAGGCUACAUUGCUUAUCGAGGGAGCUGUGGAUCGCGCGGGUAUCUACCAAUCUGCGGAGGCGACAAUCGAUAAAUUAAUCCAGGCAUACAUUCCAGAAAUUGAAGAAGGGGUUCGCACGAUUCGCAAAAGUGACAUUGGGGAAGAAGCAGCUGAGAAGGAGUUUUUGAGAGGAGGUAAAACGGAUGAGCAAUACGCGGAAGAAGCUGCAAAGAAGAAAGCGGCCAGAGAGAAAGUUAGGGAGGAACUGAGAGAGAAGGAAAAGGCCAUUGCAGACGAGAAGAGAAAGCAAGAGAAAUUAAAGAGGAGAGAAGAAGAGAAGAGAAUUGAGGCUGAUCAGGAGAGAAAGAGGGAGGCUAGGAAAAAGGCUGAGUUGGAGGCGGAAGAAGAGAGGGAGAAAGAACGGGAAAAGGAAGACAAGGAGAGGAGGGAGAGGAGGGAGAGAGACCGCGCUAGGGAUCGAGAUCGUGAUCGCGAGAGAGAACGGGACCGCGACCGGGACCGGGAUAGAGGAGAUAGAGAUAGGGGCCGGGAUAGGGAUAGGGACGAUCGAAGAAGAAGAUAUGACGACGAUAGACGCAGAGAUUCCCUCGGUGUUCGAACGCCUAUCUCGAAGCCAGAAUUAUCUAAGGAAGAAAUUGAACGUCUCGAACAAGAGGCUCUUAAUGAUCUUCUGAAAGAGGGCAAAAAGGUUGCUAAUCGAUCUAGACAUCUAUUGGAGAUGGAGGUUGACGAGACCUUGGCACCACCUCCCCGAAAGGCAAUGCCCGCCUCAGCCAUCAAACCAAUAUCUCGAGAUACGCCUGCUAAAACGAUUGAGCAUAAGAAAACUGCAGUUGCGAAGCUCAAGGAAGAAUCCGGUUCGAAAACGCCUCAACUAGCCGAUACAAAGCUGAUGGUAGACAAGGCGAAUGAGUCCAGCCAUGACAAAGAAGGUAGUCAACGAGCUAAAAGUCCCGAAUCAAGCAGGGAUGCUACUAAGGUUAAGGAUGAGACAAAGACUAAUGAGGAAUCUAAAGCUACAGAAGUAAAUUACGAUGGCCGCCAAGACAAGGAUGAGCGCUCUCGCCGUGGAAGUCGAGAUCGGGAUGAUAGACGACGACGAGACAGCAGAGAUAGGGAUCGCGACCGAGAUAGAAAGGAUAGUAGAGAUCGGGAUCGAGGCGACUAUCGACGACGUAGGUCAAGUAGAGAUCGUGAUGAUAGGCGUGAUAGAGAUCGUAUUCGAUCGAGAUCUCGCGACCGACGAAGAAGUUACAGAUCACGAAGCCGUGAACGUGUAGGGGACCGUGACACAAGACGUGCAGAGAGCAGUGUGACUAGGACAAGCGCCUCGAAUCUCGAUACGGAAUCAUACAAAGUUGCUGCGGCACAAGCAAGAGCUGAGGAAGCUAGAAAGUGGAACGAAGAACGAAAGAAUCAGCCGCAAUUACCUAGUUUAUCAACCAAAAAGGAAGAGGCCAUCGCUGCCACACCUAGAGCAAAGGAUGAUGCUAUAAUGAGCAGUCCUGUCUCGGCAAGAAAAAGAGAUAUUUCUCGCGAUAGGGAAAGUCAUAGGAGAGAAUCUCGCGCAAGAAGUAGGUCACCUACUGCGAGACGAAGUAGUCGGAUCGAGAGAAGCACUAGUCCGAUCAAUAUUGACCGAUAUGUACCAGGUGCCACUGAACGAAGGGAAAGUAUAGUUGCGAGAAGUUCCCCAAGGAAGAGGGAGAGAAGUAGGGAUAGGGAAAAGGAGAGGAGAUCAAGAGAUGAUGAUAGGCCGAGGAGGAGGAGCCGAUCGCCCGAUUAUAGGAGAGAUAGAGAUAGAGAUGGGCAUUCCAGGAGGUAUAGAAGUCGAAGUAGAGACAGGGAUAGGAGGAGGGAGAGGAGUAGGAGUAGAGAUAGGGAGAGAGACAAGGAUAGGGAUAGGAGGGAUAGGGAUCGAGAUCGCGACAGAGUCAGAGACAAGGAUCGUGAUAGAAAGAGAGAUAGAAGUAGAGAGUCGAGGAGGGAAUCGAGGAGAUGA